UUUUUCCUUCUAGGAAUAGGCAAGUGAGGAGGCUGAGACUCUGAAGAAUGGUUCCCCAGGGCAGUCUGGCCCUCGCUCGCUGGGUAUGGAGGGGCACGAGGAAGCUGUUUGUAUUACUGUCUCUCUUGCUGUCCCACGCAGCUCAUUUGGAAGGCAAGCAGGAUAAUCAGUUCGUCUGGAAACCAGGCCCCUGGGGAAGGUGUACAGGAGACUGUGGGCCAGGAGGAACCCAGAGUCGCGCACUGUGGUGUUUCCACUUUGAAGGGUGGACGAGUCACCUGUCCAACUGUGAUGAGAGCAACAGGCCUCCGAAGGAAAGAAGCUGCUUUCGAGUCUGUGACUGGCACAGAGACCUCUUCCAGUGGGAGGUUUCCGACUGGCACCACUGUGUGCUCGUUCCUUCAGCCCCAGGCCAGGUCAGGCCCAGGGCUGCAGAGUGUGUGACGGCCCAGCACGGGCUGCAGCACCGGACGGUGCGCUGUAUUCAGAAGCUGAACAGAACCAUGGUGGGGAGUGAAAUCUGUGAACACUUUGCCCCUCAGCCCCCCACAGAACAAGCUUGCCUCGUCCCUUGCCCCCGGGAUUGCGUGGUCUCUGAGUUCUCGCAGUGGUCCCAGUGUAGCAAGGGAUGCGGGAAGCAGUUACAGCACAGAACUCGCUCAGCCAUUGCUCCUCCUCUCUACGGAGGGUCGCUGUGUCCCAAUCUGACCGAGUCAAGAGCCUGUGACGCUCCCGUUUCCUGUCCUCUGGGGGCAGAGGAAUAUACCUUUAGCCUUAAAGUGGGACCAUGGAGUAAAUGUAGACUGCCUCACCUUAAAGAACUUAACCUAAGUGGAAGAACCGUUCUGGAUUUUAGCUCUGAUUCAAAGGAGCGAGUCACCUUUAGACAUCCAAGUUACAAGGCACUUCACCAUUCCAAGUCCUGGGACGUGGAGAUAGGUUAUCAGACGCGGCAGGUGUGGUGUACAAGAAGUGACGGGAGAAACGCUGUAUUAAGCCUUUGCAUGCAAGAUUCCUUCCCUUUGACUGUCCAGUCCUGCAUCUUGCCAAAGGACUGUGAAACCACCGAGUGGUCCUCCUGGGGCCCCUGCUCUAAGACGUGCCGUUCGGGGAGUCUCUCACCAGGAUUUAGGAGCAGGAGCCGGACUGUGAAGCACAUCGCUAUUGGAGGUGGAAAGGAUUGCCCUGAAUUGCUCGAGAAGGAAGCCUGCAUUGUAGAAGAACUCUUGCAGCCAUGUCCCAGGUAUUCCUGGAGGACCUCUGAAUGGAAAGAAUGCCAAGUCUCUCUCCUCCUCGAGCAGCAGGACCCCCACUGGCAUGUGACGGGACCCGUUUGUGGAGGUGGGAUCCAGACCCGGGAGGUGUAUUGUGCCCAGAGCACACCAGCAUCCACGGCACAGAGGCCCAAGGAAGUCUCUAGACCUGUGGAAAAGACAUUAUGUUCGGGACCCGCCCCUUCAGCCUCUCAGCUCUGCAAUACCCCCUGUUCUACAGACUGUGUAGUAUCCUCCUGGGCAGCUUGGGGCCUGUGCGUCUAUGAAAACUGCCACGAUCCUCAAGGGAGAAAAGGCUUUAGAAUGAGACAGCGCCACGUCCUCAUGGAGCCCACAGGGCCUGCAGGGCAUUGCCCUCAUUUGGUGGAAUCCGUUCCUUGUGAGGAUCCAGUGUGUUAUCAGUGGCGGACGUCGGAAGGGCUCUGUAUCCCUGAUCAUGGCAGGUGUGGCCCAGGACAUCGCAUCGUGAGGGCUGUCUGCCAGAAUGAGCGAGGAGAAGAUGUAUCGGGGAGUCUCUGUCCAGCAUCUCCUCCUCCUGAACAGAUAGCUUGUGAAAUUCCCUGCCGAAUGGACUGUGUGGUGAGUGAGUGGACAGAGUGGUCAUCCUGCUCCCAGUCUUGUUCAAAUAAAAACUCAGAUGGGAAACAGACCAGAUCGAGGACUAUCCUGGCGUUGGCUGGAGAAGGUGGAAAGCCGUGCCCCCCUAGUCAGGCCCUCCACGAGUAUCGUUCAUGCAAUGGCCAUUCUUGUCUGCAACUCUACUGGGAGACAGCUCCGUGGGGCCCCUGUUCUGAAGACACAUUGGUAACUGCCCUUAAUGCAACCAUUAGCUGGAAUGGAGAAGCGACGUGUGGCGUGGGCAUUCAGACACGGAGAGUCUUCUGUGUCAAGAGUCAUGUGGGACAGGUGAUGACAAAAAGAUGCCCAGAAUCUACUCGGCCCGAAACAGUACGCCCCUGUCUCCUCCCGUGCAAGAAAGACUGUAUCGUGACCACGUUCAGCGAGUGGACGCCCUGCCCGAGGCUGUGCCAGCCAGGAAAUGCCACCAUAAAACAGUCUCGAUACAGGAUUAUCAUCCAAGAAGCAGCCAACGGAGGCCAAGAAUGCCCAGAUACCUUAUUCGAAGAGCGAGAGUGUGAAGAUGUCUCGUUGUGCCCCGUGUAUCGGUGGAAGCCACAGAAAUGGAGCUCCUGUAUCUUAGUGCCCGAGUCGGUCAGGCAGGGGAUAAUGGGCACCAGCGAAGCCUGCGGAAAGGGGGUACAAACCAGAGCUGUCUCAUGUGUCUCUGAUAACAACCAGUCAGCAGAAAUGACGGAAUGCCUCAGGCAGACAAAUGGCAUGCCUUCCCUUGUGCAGGAGUGUACGGUCCCAUGUCGUGAUGACUGCACCUUCAGUGCUUGGUCCAAGUUUACACCUUGCUCCACGAAUUGUGAAACAACUCGAAGUAGACGGCGACAGCUCACAGGCAAAAGCAGGAAGAAGGAGAAAUGUCAAGAUGCUGACCUGUACCCUCUGGUGGAAACAGAACCAUGUCCUUGUGAUGUGUUUAUAUCUCAGCCUUAUGGUAAUUGGUCAGACUGCCUUCUUCCUGAAGGCAGAAGGGAGUCUCACAGAGGACUGCGGGUUCAAGGAGACAGCAAGGAAUGUGGAAAAGGCGUGCGCUUCCGAGCAAUAACCUGCUCUGAUAAACAUGGAAGGCUGGUUGACCCCGCCCACUGCAACAGCUCUGGUUAUAUUCAGGAAGAGUGUGUCAGCCCCUGCCCAUUUGAUUGCAAGUUAAGCGACUGGUCUAGUUGGGGGUCUUGCAGUUCAUCUUGUGGAAUUGGAGUGAGAAUUCGAUCCAAGUGGCUGAAAGAAAAACCUUACAAUGGAGGGCGCCCGUGUCCCAAAUUGGAUCUCAAGAAUCAGGUGCAUGAGGCAGUCCCAUGUUACAGUGAGUGCAAUCAGUAUUCCUGGGCUGUAGAACACUGGUCUCCAUGUACCGUCCACAAUGAGCUGAGGUCCCUGCGCUGUGGAGGAGGAACGCAAUCUAGAAAGAUCAGAUGUGUGAGCGCUGCUGCUGGUGAAGGUGGAGUGGUGGAGAACAGCCUGUGCGACCAGCAUGACGUUCCCCCGGAAAGCCAGUCCUGCUCUCUGCCAUGUCCCGGGGAAUGUGUCAUGUCCGAGUGGGGACCUUGGAGCAGAUGCCCACAGUCAUGUGAUCCCCACACAAUGCAGAGGAGAACCCGCCAUCUGCUGAGGCCCCCGCCGAGCUCAAGGUCGUGCGCUGAGGACUCCCAGGUGCGGCCCUGCCUCCUCAAUGAAAACUGCUUCCAGUUCCAGUACAAUCUAACAGAGUGGAGCACAUGCCAGCUGAGUGAAAAUGCGACCUGCGGACAAGGCAUGAGGACCCGCCUUCUGAGCUGUGUGCGCAGUGAUGGCAAGCCCGUCGGCGUGGACCAGUGUGAGCAGCAUUACCUGGAGAAGCCCCGGAGGAUGAGCGCGCCCUGCCUGGUGGAAUGUGUGGUCAACUGUCAGCUCUCGGGGUGGACCGCUUGGACAGAGUGCUCACAGACGUGUGGCCAUGGAGGUCGAAUGAGCCGGACUCGGUUUGUCAUCAUGCCAACCCAAGGGGAAGGACGGCCGUGCCCCACAGAGCUUACCCAGCAGCAAGCCUGCCCAGGGACCCCCUGCUACAGCUGGAUCCUCAGCAACUGGUCUGCAUGUAACCUGGAGGGCGGAGACUGUGGGGAAGGAGUCCAGGUCCGCAGCCCCUCCUGUGUGGUCCACAGCGGUUCAGUGUCUCACUGGACAGUAUGGGUAGAGGAUGCACUGUGUGGAGAAAUGCCCUUCCAAGACCGCAUCCUGAAGCAGCCGUGUUUCGUGCCUUGCCCCGGAGACUGCCAUUUAACGGAAUGGUCAGAGUGGAGCACGUGUGAAUUAACCUGCAUCGAUGGAAGAAGCUUCGAGACUCUGGGCCGCCAAUCUAGAUCAAGGACAUUUAUAAUUCAGUCUUUUGAGAACCAAGACAGCUGCCCCCAGCAGGUUCUAGAAACACGCCCUUGUACAGGAGGUAAAUGUUAUCUCUACACGUGGAAAGCAAGUCUUUGGAAGAAUAAUGAACGGACUGUGUGGUGCCAGCGUUCAGAUGGCAUUAACGUCACAGGAGGCUGCUCCCCUCAGGCACGCCCUGCUGCUAUUCGGCAGUGUAACCCCGCCUGCAGAAAACCCUUCUCCUACUGUACACAGGGUGGAGUCUGUGGUUGUGAGAAGGGCUACACAGAGAUAAUGAGAUCAAAUGGUCUCCUGGAUUACUGCAUGAAAGUGCCUGGCUCAGAGGAUAAAAAAGCUGAUGUGAAAAACCUUGCUGGGAAAAACAGGCCUGUGAAUUCAAAAAUACAUGAUAUUUUUAAAGGAUGGUCUCUCCAACCCCUUGAUCCAGAUGGCCGAGUGAAAAUUUGGGUUUAUGGUGCUUCAGGUGGUGGUUUUCUCAUCAUGAUAUUCCUAGUAUUUACUUCCUACCUUGUUUGCAAGAAGCCAAAACCACAUCAAAGCACACCUCCCCAGCAGAAGCCUCUGACCUUAGCCUACGACGGAGACUUAGACAUGUAACCUGAAAAAGAAACCCAAAUGUAGACAUCGACUGCCUUAACCGCUUUCUCUUUUGUAGCUCAGACUUCUCAGUUUUUUGAGGAAUCUCAUGAUGUGAUAUAUCGGGCAGAAUACAAAUACUGCAAAAGUAAUAUUGCCUCAACUUCGUUUGGAUGUGGAGUCAAGGAUUAACAGGUCUGCCAUUUUGCUUUCAAGUUGUUUGUGGGUGUGAGUGUUUAAUUUUUUGAUUUUCCCAAGGGACCUGAAACCCCUUCUCUUCCUGUUUGGAAACGGGAGGAAGAAAAUGGGAUGGAAUUCCCACAGACUUAAGUGAACUGUAUCCUCAGCCGCAUGAUGACAAUCCGGAGGAGAGUCCAAUCAAGGCGUUUACUGUAAAUGACGAGUCCCACAGUGCAUCGUUACGCACUAUAUUAGUGCAGAUCUCUUCUCAUCCUUCAGCACUGAGUUUUCUAGAGUUUACAUUGGUUCAAAGACUUUCAGAUUGGGAUGGCCUAUUUUCAUGAACACAGAAUAGGUUACCAUUUCAGAAAUGUUCUGAGUUUUUACCUUUAAAUAGUAUAUUUUGUUUGUAGCCAGGGACAUGAUGGCACUUCAUGGGUUGCAUCUAUUGAAAACAAAUGGAAUGUGUGUAAUUUCUGGACCUGAUGAAAGCUAGAUGGUUUUGGAUGAAAUGUGUAUUGAAUGUCAGGGUGUACAAAUGAAACAGUUGGUUCUGUUAGAGAAUGAGGUGAAUUAUUUAAUUACUAAAACUGUAUUUUAACAAAAACUUAGCCAUGUAGAUACAGCAUUAACCACCCACACUUGCAAUUCAGUUUAAUGAUGACAAACCCUGCUUUUGUAAUUUCAAUUUUCUUAUCUGAAUAUUUAUAAAUUCUUUUUUUGAAUUUAAUUAUCUGACCUCAUUUAAUAGACAUCGAACACCGAUCCUGUUUGUAGCCGGUCUUGCUUUUAUAAAGGUUUCAAUACCGAAGACAACACAUUCAAAAGCUGAAACCAUUUUAUGAGGAUACGUGUUUGUAAUCAUAGAUGUUGACAAGUAAGAAGGCGCCAUCUUGUGGUUUUGACUUGUAUUUAAAACAAAUAAAGUGCU